AUGGAGAUUACUAAAGGCAGUGUAAUAGCAAUUGUGGUGGUUUUGUUUGUGUCGUGUAUGAGUCUGCAAGGCAAUGCAUAUUAUUACAAGCAAUGUAGCAGCCAAGGAAGUCGAUGCUAUGGACAGUACAUUAGAUGUCCAGCUGAGUGCCCCAGCAGUGAAUCAACAGAUCCUAAGGCUAAAGUUUGUCAAAUUGAUUGCGACAAACCUACAUGCAGAGGUGUUUGCAGAAUAGUGGUGUUCUACUUCCACGGAAAGAGCAAUGAACACUUCACCUUAGUCUCUGACUCAACUCUUCAAAUCAAUGCACGCUUCAUUGGACACAGGCCAGCAGGUAGAGCCAGAGAUUACACAUGGAUUCAAGCCCUUGGAAUCCUCUUCAACUCCAAAACCUUCUCACUUGAAGCCCCCAAAACAUCCCAAUGGAAUGAAAAUGUCGACCAUCUCAAAUUCACAUACAACGGAAACCAUCUUGCUCUCCCCGAGGGCCCUCUUUCCACUUGGCGCUCUCCAGAAAAUGACGUGAAAGUGGAGAGAGUAGCUGCAAGGAACAGUAUCAUAGUGACACUAGAGGAUGUUGCCGAAAUUAUGGUGAAUGUGGUGCCAGUGACCAAAGAAGAUGAUGCGAUUCACAACUACCAAGUGCCUGAGGAUGAUUGCUUUGCCCACUUGGAAGUUCAAUUCAGGUUCUUUGGGUUGUCCUCUAAGGUGGAUGGUGUGCUUGGGAGGACUUAUAGGGAAGAUUUUGAGAACCCUGCAAAGGUUGGGGUGGCAAUGCCUGUUGUUGGAGGAGAGGACAAAUACAGGACUUCCUCCUUGCUUUCUCCAAACUGUGCUUCUUGUGUCUUCUCCAAACCUUCACAUCACAAAGAGGGCAAUGAAUUGAGUGCAGAGUUAAUGGGCACCCUUGAUUGCUCCAAGUUUUCUUAUGGCUUGGGAAUCGUUUGCAAGAAGUGA